GUCUCCGCCCUGAUCAGGAUGAGUGGAGGAGGGAAGAAGCGCGACGGAUCUGAUGAAUGUGCUGCCAUCCUGCUACGUUAUCUUCAGGAGCAGAACCGGCCUCAUAGUGCUCAGGAUGUCUUUAGCAACUUACAGCAACAACAUGGAUUGGGCAAGACGGCUGUAGUGAAGGCACUAGAGCAGCUGGCUCAGCAAGGGAAGAUCAAUGAGAAGGUUUAUGGGAAGCAGAAGAUUUAUUUUCCAGAUCAGAAUCGUUUUGGUAAUAUGUGUGAAUCAGAACUCAAGGGCUUGGACAAUGAGAUUUCAGAACUGUCUUGCAAAAUUCAGACACUGCAACAGAACUGUCGUCACAUGGAAUCAGAACUGAAAGAACUGAAGGGCUCUAGGACAACCCCAGAGAUGGCUAAAGAAAUUGAAGAGUUAAAAAAAGACUGUGCCAAUUAUACGGAGAAACUGGAACGAAUUAAAUCUGCCAAUCAUGUGACCCCUGAGGAGAAAGAAAAGGUGUGCAAUGAGAAAAAGCUGUACUGCAGAGAAUGGCGUCGCCGCAAGAGAAUGGCAACGGAAUUACUUGAUGCAAUCCUUGAAGGUUACCCAAAAAGCAAGAAACAGUUCUUUGAGGAAGUUGGCAUUGAGACAGAUGAAGAUUUCAAUGUUACAGUACCCUCUGUGUGAACCAAGAUCUCAUCUGCGUAACUGAAAUCUAAGCAUUCAAGUUUCAGUUCCUCAUAUUCUAUGUUGCUCUGAUUUUUAAAAUCUAAAACUAUUUGCAUACACUGGGGAUAAGCACACCUCACAUUACAUUGUUUAGUUUUUUUCUAGUAUUUCACCAUAGGACUUCCUAAUCAGUUUGUUUUGUUCUUAAAGUAGUUAGAACAAAGGUUUAGUAAGCACUUGAGAAAAUCUGGGAAAGGGUUUAAAAUAAAUAUUUGAAUUUCUGAUAGUAUUGUUUUCUCUGUAAUCGGCCUGCAUAUUGUAUCAAUAGCAUAUUAUGCCAUUAUACCAACACUAAUAGUGUUGCUAAUUAGAGUGAGCUAAUUAUGCCACCAAGGAUUAGGAAAAUUUUAAUGUCAGUUGUUACUUAGCCAUCAUGCUUUGCUUUAUGCUAUGAAAGGCACCUUGAGAGAUGCAAACAAAUUUAAUACAUUUUCUCCAAGCUAAUUGGGCAAUUGUGGGAGGGAGAACAACUGGGUUUACCUCUUUAUUACAUAGAAGAAAAAUUAUAUACCUUGGAAAAUUGGCAUUAAAAAGUUGGCAAGUGGCUAUUGGAUUAGGCAUAUUCCUGUAUGGUUGCAUGUGACUGGCAAUCUCACUACAAGAUCAUGUUGCCAAAGAUUGGGAGGAAAAUACAAAUUUUCAGUAGUGCAAGGACUUUAUUUUUGCUAAAGGUAAUACUGACGCCUUAAGCCAGAUGUAUAAUACACCCAUUUAAACAUUUAAAGCUGCUGACCCCUCCUCACAUAAGAACCAAUAUUGUGGGACAUUCCCACCUAAAAAUGUCAGUGCAUCAUUAUAUAUGACUCAGAAUCCAAAA